CUGCUUUAAUUAGAAUGCUGGCUAAUUUUAUGGGCCAUUCAGUAUUUCAGAAGGGUUUGCAAGAUUAUUUAACCAUUCACAAGUUUGGCAAUGCAGCCAGAAAUGAUCUCUGGAGCACACUAUCAGAGGCUUUAAAAAGGAAUAGGAAGUAUGUAAAUAUACAAGAAGUAAUGGAUCAGUGGACUCUCCAGAUGGGUUACCCAGUUAUCACCAUUUUGGGAAAUACAACAGCAGAACAUAGAAUAAUAAUUACCCAACAGCAUUUUAUUUAUGACAUCAGUGCUAAAACUAAAGCACUUCAUAAUAACAGUUACCUGUGGCAGAUUCCAUUAACUAUUGUGGUAGGAAAUAGGAGCCAUGUGUCUUCAGAAGUAAUUAUUUGGGUGUCUAACAAAUCAGAGCACCACAGAAUAACUUCUUUGGAAAAAGGAAACUGGUUACUGGGGAACAUCAAUCAAACAGGCUACUUUAGAGUCAACUAUGAUUUAAGGAAUUGGAGAUUAUUAACUGAUCAGUUAAUCAGGAACCAUGAGGUUCUGUCUGUCAGUAACCGUGCAGGUUUGAUCGACGAUGCUUUCAACCUAGCCAGAGCUGGCUAUUUGCCUCAGAAUAUUCCCCUGGAGAUUAUCAGAUACCUGUCUGAGGAGAAGGAUUUUCUUCCUUGGCACGCUGCUAGCCGAGCUCUUUAUCCUCUAGAUAAAUUACUGGACCGCAUGGAGAAAUACAAUGUCUUCAAUGAAUACAUUUUAAAGCAAGUUGCAGCCACAUACAUCAAGCUUGGAUGGCCAAGAAGCAAUUUUAAUGGAUCUCUUAUUCAGGCAUCCUACCAACAUGAAGAACUGCGUCGAGAAGUUAUAAUGCUGGCAUGCAGUUUUGGCAACAAGCACUGUCACCAACAGGCAUCCACACUUAUUUCAGAUUGGAUUUCAAGCAACAGGAACAGAAUACCACUUAAUGUUAGAGACAUCGUCUACUGUACAGGAGUUUCACUACUAGAUGAAGAUGUCUGGGAAUUCAUAUGGAUGAAAUUCCACUCCACCACAGCAGUUUCUGAGAAGAAAAUAUUAUUGGAAGCUUUAACUUGCAGUGAUGACAGGAAUUUAUUAAAUAGGCUUCUGAAUCUGUCUCUGAAUUCUGAGGUGGUACUGGAUCAAGAUGCAAUUGAUGUCAUAAUCCAUGUAGCUCGAAAUCCACAUGGCCGAGACCUCGCCUGGAAGUUUUUCAGAGAUAAAUGGAAGAUAUUAAAUACAAGGUAUGGAGAGGCAUUGUUUAUGAAUUCCAAACUUAUCAGUGGAGUCACAGAAUUUCUUAAUACUGAAGGUGAACUCAAAGAGCUGAAGAACUUCAUGAAGACAUAUGAUGGAGUCGCUGCUGCCUCUUUCUCAAGAGCUGUGGAAACAGUUGAAGCUAAUGUGCGCUGGAAAAUGCUUUAUCAAGAUGAGCUUUUCCAGUGGUUAGGAAAAGCUCUGAGACACUGAUGUUUCCCUUAUACGAUGUUCAUUUCAGAAUUUUGUAAGAAAACCUGCUGUAUGUGGAAUGAAGAAAAUGUGCUGUGUGGAAGAUGACUGGAUUUCCUGACUUUAACAUGCGGGAGGAAUUUUCUUUUUUGUUUUGGAGGAUUUUGUUGUCUUAUUCAUUCUGAUAUGUUUCUCUGCUGGGUGUUCUCUAAAGAAUCUCUUGCAAAGAAAGCUAGCCGUGAUUGCUUCAGCUGUACAUUCCUUGCUGUACAGGACCAAAUAUGAUAGUUGUGCAUGUUGGUGUUGCAGUCAGUUUGGAAACAUACUCAGAAUAAUUUGUGCAUGGUUGUAUGGUCCUGCCUGUGUUCCAGCAUGCUUAAUUAAAAUGUCCAGAGUUGUAUGUGAAUAUAUGUUACAUCCAGAAUGGGCAUUAUGCAAAAGCACAAAGAUUUUUCUAUGACAAUCAGCAUUGCAAUGAAAGACAAACUGGGGGAAACAAAAAAAUUAUAUAAUUAACACUGGACAGUGUGAGAUGUAAACUAGCUCUUUAAUUCAUCAGUGUCACUGACUUCAGCACUUGAAUUGUCUUGCAAUGAUUAUUGUUUCACUAAUUCAUUUUCUUUGAGUUAAAGCUUUGUAUACAGUUUAAAAGUAUAUGGAUGUGUAUGUAUAUAUUCAUGCACAUAAGGAAGUCCUGUAUGUAUAUAGUAUGAUGUAUACUGCACAUGUGCAAAGAAUUUCUUUAGAUCAAAGAAAAUCCAUCCCUUUUGAUAAAUGUGUAAACUGGAAAGACUUAAGAAUCUAUCCCAACACUAUUCUUCCUGGAAAUCUCCUGACUAAAUUUCUAAACUGUUAUGGAUCUUUUCAUCUACUUACUGGAAAAUGAUCUAUUCUACUACAUAAAAAUGAAUUCAAAUGCAAUUUACAUAUAAACUGAACACUCUUUCAAUUCUGCUAAGUAGCAACCUCAGAUUCUAAAUAUAUGUUCUGUCAUUGUUUGGGACAAAAUUGUUGCAUAAAACAGUAGUGCAUACUUAACUAAUUAACAGUACUAAGGAAGUGUUUAUUUUCCAUUUUGUUUGAUUUUCUAUCUCAUGUUGGGUGGUUCAGAGAGUUAAAAAAUUCUUUGUGUGUUGGUCUUUGUGUCUGUAUGACUCUACCCUCCAUCGAGAAGCCAUACCUCUAGUGGGUCUGUUAGCAUUUAAUGACAUUUAAUGUCAACUGUGCCAUCCCUUACAAAGAAAAGUUAUUUUCUUGAGCAUAGUUUUUCCUUUGGCAGUGGCAAAUUCAUUCUACUUGUGAAUUUGGAAUAGUUCUUUUCAUGGUUGCAUGGUAUGUAACAAAAGUGUUUUUACAUAAUGUUCUCGCUCAGUAGAUCAGCUCUCCGAGCAUCACUAGAAAAUUCCAAAUUGAGCACACUUUAACUUUGCCAUUAUAAAACACCUAUACAACCGCCAAUGUGUCAGAACCACUUUCUAUUUUCCUGAGUUUUUUCACUAUCCGAAAUCUUGUGAGUCAUUAAAACAAAUAUAGUCUUACAGUCACUUAACACUAGGGAGAAAAAAGUAUGUGUUAGCAAACAGAACCAUAGAUUUACUGUAGACUUAUAGUGAACAGGAGCAAAUCCUAAUGCCAGCCAUCACCUAAAAUUGAAUUUAAUCUAUUUUUAUUGCCUAGAGAUAUAGCACUAUGUUAAGUUAAAACAUGGAUUUUUAAAUAUCGCCGUGUGAAUAAGACAUACCUAAUGCUUAGUAUAAAGCCAGAAAGGCAUCUCAUUUAUCAUGAGCUAUGAAGUUCAAUCAAUAAAUACUGCAUAUACUAAAUGUUUAAGGGAUAAAUUCUACAAAAUGAAAAAAAAAAAAAAGACACUGCCAUUUGGGUCCAAAACAUUUACUAUGUCACCAUGGGGUUUAUAUAAUAGAAAAGAUAAAAAGUCAGAGGCAAAUGUCUUGUCUUGUGUUGUGAAUUAGUGCAAAUUCUUAUUAGUUGUGAUGUUAUUUUGAGUGAUAUUGCCAUUCCAAAUUUGAUUUAGAAGGGAUUUUAUAGGUUUUUUUCCUCCCCACUGUUAAUCAUCUCAAUCAUCUUUCAGUAUUUUAGUGGCCUUGAACAACUGGUCUAGCUACAAUGUCAAAUAUUGUGUAUAAGUAUCUGCAAUGUUCAAUACCUCACAGAAUACUUUAAGCAGUUUUGUGCUAUCAAUGGCAUUGAAAUGGAAUUUUUGUUCUACAUAUUUUUCAAUAUUUGUCCUUUCCAAUGUUGAAGAUUAUAUCAAACUUUAACGUUUUUUAGUUGUUUAAAUAAGUAAUAUUUUCAAGAUAAUAAAAUGACCAAUGACUUCUCUUGGAAUAUUCUGUAAAGUGUAGUUAUAAAAUUCUAUUUUCUACAUAGAGUUUUUAUGUUAUUUUCUCGCUUUGUCUGUUUUACAAAUAUGUAUGCAUGAAACAAACUUUAAAUUGUGCAGCCUAUAGGCUCAAAUUUUAUUGUGCUAAUAUAUAUAUGUGUGUAUAUAUAUAUCAGCAAUAUCUGGACUCAGAAAAAACUAAAUUACCUACCACAUUAAAUAUUAAAUAUCUCUAAGAAUUGUAAAUGAAAAAUUUACCUGUUUUUACAUCUUCCCCUUUUUUUCUAUAACCUUUGAAGUUUUGUAAGUGUGCAGGUUCAACUUCUAAGACUAAUGUUUCAGAGCUUGAUUUAUUUUUCCUUCAGUUUCAAUAACAAGAAGUUUUAGCUGGAGGUUAAUUUUUUUUUGGUUUAUAUUAUUUGUAAGAUAAUUAUAGAAGCAAGAUUUUUUGUGAUAGUUAAAUUUACAAAUAUAUAGUAUUUUACAAAAUUAUUAUAAGAUUAUACAAUACAUUUAAGAUUUCAUAUCAUCUUCAAGAACUUCUACACUUUUUUUGAUUCUUUAGAAAAACACCAAGAAUUUUGUUAGCAGUUAUAGUUUGAGAAAACUAAGACCUCAAGUAACAGUGAUAAACAAUUACGUAGCUGUUAUUUUGAAAAUAAAAACAUUAAACUAAGUUGCUCAAUACAGCCUUCCUACAAAUAAGAUGCAAAGACAAGUUUAGAAUAUCUCUACCCAUUAAAUCAAGUAUAAAUUUUUCCCAAUACUGAAAGAGUAUCUAGUUACUUAAUUAAAAUUUAUCUACAUCAAUGUAUUAUUUUUAAAAAUCUGUGCUUCUAAUGUGCAUAAUGUCAAACUAUGAAAACAUUAAUGAUCAUUUACUUUAUAUAUGUGCAUAUAUGUAUGCAGGCUAAGUUUCUUUAAAAAUGUACACAAUCUUAGAACUGCAUUAUCUUCAGUAAAAGGAUUCAUAAUAAGUUGAAAUUUUAUAUUUAAUUAAUAUUUGUUGGUUACUCAAAUUUUGAGAAAUCCUUUUCUAAGAAAUCUAAAAACCUAAAAUAGCUCAAUUACUAUCCUAGGUCUUCUCUUGAUAUAACAACUUAUAGCUAUUGGAGAAGUAACAUAGAGAAAUAAUGUGCCAAUAAGAAUUAUAAAAGCAACAUAUAAUGCUCACAUCUACAGAAGUGGUACUAAAUAAUUUUUAGGUACAUAUAAUACUAUGCAUUUAUUUUUUUACUCAAAUAUUUUGACAGCACAUCGGAAUAAUUGCCAUUGUUUGGUUUCACAACACUUAAUUGUGUUUUACAAAAAUAUAUACCACUUAGAAAGUAGAACAAAAUCACAUAGGUUAAACUUAUAAUUAUAUUAAAGCUGGUGUAGAAUUUACUUUUAAGAAAAGCUGUUUGAGCAAAUAUCAGUAAGUUACAGGGUCAGUGCUUAGCCUACUUGUAUAAAAAAUGGUUCACGUUUUCUUAAGUGAUUUUAGCACACUACUUAUCUAUUCAUAAUGUGUUAAUUAGUUAUAUAUUACUUUAAUUAGUAAUAUAUCCUUGAAGGCAGGCACAACAGUACUUGCCCUAAUAAUGCCUUUAUUAAAAUUAAUAUAUGUAGUAUUUUAAAUACAAAAAUAAUCUUUUAAAAUAUUCUAGAAUUUAACGUUUUGCUUAUAUAAGAGAAACCUUUAGUUUAAUUACAUUGUUGUUCUUUUUUAUUUUUUAUUUGAGGAUAGAGGUAGAAAGAGAAUGAAAGAGGCCACAACACUGAAGCUUCCCUCAACAAAAGGAACCUAGAUCACACACAUGACAAAGCAAGGAAAUACCUAUGUAAGCUAUUUCUCCAGCCCAAAUUUAAUUACCUUGAAUAAUAAAGUUUACUUUUAUUAAAUUAUUUUUUUCAAUAUAUCUUAUAUUCAUGAAAUAUCUAACAAAAGUGCAUCUUACUAGCUUUUAUUUUAUAAGGUUAUUUCAAAGUUUAGAAAAAAACAAAUUUUAAGUUGUUUUAAAUUACAUAUAUAUAUAUGCAUGUAUUUUGGUGAACAUAUAUUUUCCAAUUUUAAGUAUACAGCAUAUGUGUGGUUACAUGCAUUUUCAUAUUUUAAAUAUGUUCUUCACAAAGGACCUUAUUAAGAGGUGUUAUGGUUUUAUCCAAACUUUGAAAGCAAAGAACUUGAAGAGAUUUUUAUAUUGAAUAUUUAAUACAUUAGUGCUAGUACACUGAAUAUACUUAUCUUUUGGACAUUAUUAGUUUGUGUAAUAAUGAAAUAAGUGAAAAGAAAAAAAUCAUUCAUGUUGAUUUGGAUUAAAAUUUUUGUGCUGUACUAAUAUGAGGGAAAAACAAAAAUUUGAGUUUAUACUACAUGAUAAUCCGUUAUUGGAUAUCACUUCAUUUAAUAACUCUGAAAUGUCAUCAAUCCCAACUUACUGAGGCUAAGAGUUGUGAUUGGUUUAUGUAAUUAAGUGGUAGUAGGUGUUAGGUAGGAUUCAAGACCCUGCAAAUUCAAGUCUUCCACGCCUCUCACAUGCGUGGAAACAUUA